AUGCCAUCAGUCCCCCUCUAUCCUCGCGCGUCAUCACGCGACGGCACUCACAAUCCGCUCCCUCAACUCCUCCAAACCCCCUCUGGUCUCGCGCUUCUCGAACUCCAAGGCACUAUAAACCUCCCUUCUCAGGAAACGUCCGAACCCGACAAUGAAACCAUCAAUUCUGACAAUCCCUCCCUCACAUACGAAACGCCAAUCGGCAAGCUCAUGUUUCCGGACUACUCGCCACAAAACGUGAAAGACGACACGAGCUGGAUGAAGAGAGCUUAUCUCUAUGUUGGGAGGUACCAGAGAAUGACGGGAGAAGUUAAGAAGCUGCCCAAACCACUUGCGAUUAUUCAGCGCCGACAGACGGACGGAGAGAAUGGUGCUGGGGAGCAGCUGGAGAUCGUUGAGAUCGUGAAGUAUAAGCUCAUGUUCAAGAAUCGGCCUGAGCCGGUGAAUGAUGCUUGA